AUCCUGUAUUUUGAACUUGCUGAUCUUGAUCUUUGAUCUUUACCAUCGCGGAUCUGCUGCAGCUCUUCGGGGUCGCCCCCUUAUUUCUUCAUAUUUCACUCGUGCGAUUUGGGCGUAGGGCGAAGCAGGAACAUUUUGUUAUUGCGCUCCUAUAUCGUGAUAACAAUAAAAUAUGCCAUCGACUCCGAUAGACGACCAGGACAGGGCGCUGGAUGACGCCAAGUCCAAUACGAAGCUGCAGGCCAUGCAGAUGAAGAGGGCGCUAGACCAGGGCAAGCUGAUGGACGGCCUCAAGUUCGCCUCGGCGCUCCUCGGCGAGCUGCGAACAUCCAGGCUGUCGCCGAAGAGCUACUACGAGCUAUACAUGGUAAUCUGUGACGAGCUGCGGAACCUGGAGGUGUGUCUAAUGGACGAGUUCCAGAAGGGCCGCAAGCCGACCGACCUGUACGAGCUCGUCCAGUACGCCGGCAACAUCGUACCGCGACUGUUCCUGCUGAUCACCGUGGGCCGCGUGUUCACCAAGACGGCGCCCCAGGCCACGCGCGACAUCCUGCACGACCUGGUGGAGAUGUGCCGCGGCGUGCAGAACCCGCUGCGCGGCCUGUUUCUGCGCAACUACCUGCUCCAGUGCACCAAGGACAUCCUGCCGGACACGGAGGAGGAGGGCGACGAGCGCACCGGCACGGUGCGUGACUCGAUCGACUUUAUCCUGCUGAAUUUCGCCGAGAUGAACAAGCUGUGGGUGCGCAUGCAGCACCAGGGCCACACGCGCGACCGCGAGCGUCGUGAGCGCGAGCGCCAGGAGCUGCGGCUGCUGGUGGGCACCAACCUGCUGCGACUCAGCCAGCUCGAGGCCGUCAACGUCGACCUCUACAAAAAGACUGUACUGCCGGGGAUACUGGAGCAGGUGGUCAGCUGCCGCGACCCCAUCUCCCAGGAGUACCUCAUGGAGUGCGUCAUUCAGGUAUUCCCGGACGAGUUUCACCUGGCCACGCUGUCCUCGCUGCUGCGCGCCUGUGCCGAGCUCCACCCCGGCGUCAGCGUCAAAACCAUCAUCAUCUCUCUGAUCGACCGGCUGGCGUCGUUCGCCACGCGCGACGGCGGCUCGGGCAUCCCGGACAGCGUGCCGCUGUUCGACAUAUUCUCCGAGCAGGUGGCCGAUGUGAUACAGAACCGCGCCGGCGCGCUGCCAGCCGAGGACAUGGCCGCGCUGCAGGUGUCCCUACUGAACCUGGCGCACAAGUGCUACCACGACCGGCUCGACUACGUCGACAAGGUGUUCGAGCGGACCGCCGAGCUGCUCGGCGGCGUGCUCACCAACAAGGUGGCGGCCGACAGUGCGCUGGGCAAGGAGCUGCAGCGCCUGCUGCAGAUCCCGCUGGACAACUACGACGAUCUGACGGUGCUGCAGCUGGAGCACUUCACGCCCUGUCUCCAGCUGCUCGACUACGCCGCGCGCCGAGACGUGGCCAUGCACCUCAUCGAGCGGAUUAUCGAGGCCGACAUCCGGGUCCAGGAGGCCGCACAGGUGGACAGUCUGCUGACGCUGAUCGGUGUUCUGGUGACGGACCAGCCGGACGCCGCCUCAGACUUCUCCGACGAUGACUUUAACGAGGAACAGGAACUGGUUGGACGGUUUUUGCACCAGAUGCGCUCGGAGGACGCCGACCAGCAGUACCUGAUCCUGACGUCUGCUCGCCGCCACCUGGGCGCCGGCGGCCGGCGCAUCAAAUUCACACUGCCGCCGCUGCUCUUCAAGGCCUACCGACUGGCGCAAAAGUACCACGAGCUGCGAGAACAGGACGACAAGUGGGACAAGAAGGUGGGCAAGAUAUUCCAGUUCUGCCACCAGACCAUCACCGCGCUGGUCAAGGGCGAGCAGUACGACAUCAGCCUGAGGCUCUUCUUGCAGGGUGCCGUGGUGGCCGGACGCGUGCCGUUCGCCAAUAACGAAACGGUCGCCUACGAGUUCAUGUCUCAGGCGUUCACCUUAUACGAGGAGGAGAUAUCGGAUAGUAAGGCGCAGCUGGCAGCCAUCACCCUCAUCAUCGGCACGCUCAAACAGAUGUCGUGUUUCGGCGAGGAGAACCACGCACCGCUGCGCACCCAGUGUGCGCUGGCCGCCAGCAAACUGCUGAAAAAGCCCGACCAGUGCCGCGGCAUCACCACGUGCGCGCACCUCUUCUGGUCGGGCCUGCAGCAGGACGGCACGGAGCUGCGGGACGGGAAGCGGGUGCUCGAGUGUCUGAAGAAGGGACUGCGCGUGGCUAGCCAGUGCAUGGACCCGUCGGUCCAGUGCCAGCUCAUGGUCGAGCUGCUCAACUCCUACUUCUACUUCUACGCGCAGGGAAACCAAGAGAUCACGGUGGACAUGGUGAACCAGCUGUUGGACAAGAUCCGCGAGGACCUACCCAGUCUGGAGCCGUCCGACGAGACGGCCCAGAUCAGCCAGCACUUCGCCAACACGCUGCAACACAUCCGCGCCAAGGCCGCUGCCGAGACGGCCGUCUCCUUCGAGGGACUCGCCAUCGAGUGAGGCGGUCGGGGCGGCCGGGACACGCCGCCAGCGUCCGAGACGCUCCGCCAGCGGCCGGGGCGCGCCCCCAGCGGCCGGGACGUGCCCCCAGCGGCCGCGCGCGGAGUCCGCUCGCUGGACUGGUGCAAUGGUCGCCGCCCGGCAGUGCGUGGAGACCGGGGUCUUUUGACUGUGUCCGCGAUCUGUGCCGGUUAGUUACGAGUGCGGGCGAGGUCAGCUGUGAUGGACCAAUGGGCUUCUUGUGGUAUUAACAGUGCCCGUGACGAAAUACGUGCGGUAGUGAUGUCGGUAAUGUGCUAUGAAAUAUUUCAGCUUUAUUGUUAUCUGCAUGGUCUACGUGGGAAUGUUUUCUUCUGUUUUGGCAUUUUAUUUCAUCGGUGCCUAAGGCAUAGUAAUGCAUAUGUAAGUUUGAAGGCGAUAGCCUUUAUUGUUGGCUUGAGUUUGCGAAUGCGUGAAACUCUGCAUGAGUUGCGUUGGUUGUGUUGGUUUAGUGACACGGCUGCACUAUUUCCAUUCCGGUGAAAUACUGCUCUAGCCCCGGCGCUACGCGAUAUAUUUGGUGAUACUUAUAUUACAAUAUACACGAUGCAUGUCCAAGUACA